AUAGAUCUCCUCCAGAGACUUGAUCUUCAUGUCUUUGACCAGGGGGCCCAACUUGGUGACAGGCAUCCACUCCUUAUUCUCGGCUUUGCCUCUGCGAGCUCUGCUGCCUCGGCCUCGACCCCAAUCCCAGAUGCCACUGCUGAAACCUCCGUGGAAGCCACCGCGGUUCCCCGUCCCAGGGCAUCCCUCCCUGCCCCCCCACCCACUGCACCAGCGUCAUCCGCCAUUUGGUGUUUUAUUGGAGAAGAAGCUAGUUAAGGUUUCCUAAUUCCAGAAGGCCCCCCAGAGGUGUAUGUGCAGUUCAUGGGGGUCACCUUGCUGUCCAUUCCACAGCGUGGUCACACCUUACAGCUACCACGCCCGGCUAAUUUUUUUUGUAUUUUUAGUAGAGACAGGGUUUCACCAUGUUGGCCAGGCUGGUCUUGAACUCCCGACCUCAAGUGAUCCAGCCGCCGUGGCCUCCCAAAGUGCUGGGAUUACAGGCGUGAGCCACCAUGCCCGGUCUCUCUAAUGUGUUUAAUGUCCUUCCGUACUGGGUGCCUGAUGUUCUAUCCGCCUAGCAUUUUCCCCCUCUGCUUCUGUUAAUAUCACCCCACCUAAGGAAUGCACCCACCCCACCCCCGUUUCCUUAAGGUCUCACAGGGCAGCCAAUCAUAGCCCCGCAUACAUCUGGCCACAGUAGUUGGGUAAGGGGGUGAGUAUGUGACUUCAACUGUGUUCAUCAGAUUCUCUGUCUCAGGAAUUUGAACCCUGAAUGGAGAACACAAGGUCAGAGAACAUAGUGCUGAAUCAUCAGUUAGCAAUAGGCAGAAGCUCUGCCACUGAAGCCCGGGGUCAGUCCUGUCUCUGACCUUGAAUGUUGAGUUCUCCCUCUGACCCUGAGAGCUCCUUCGUGUUCUUUCAGUAACUGUCCCAAGCCCUUUUUUUAAAGGCCUGUUUUCCUUGCUAGUGAAGAAAAGAAAAUUGACAUGCAUCUAUUAUACCUUAUUCUUUUUCCCUUUGGACUCUUAUUUACCUAUUGAUAAUUGCUUAGUAUUUUUUAGGAGCAAAUACAACUUACAGAAAAUAUAUGACUUCUGAUACAGUUUAUUUUAGGAUAUGGGUAGGAAAAGUAGUUGUUUUCUUCUCUUUUUUUUUUUUUUUUUUUUUGACAUGAUGCCUCACUCUGUUGCCCAGGUUGGAGGGCAGUAGUACAGUCACAGUUCACUGCAGCCUUGAACUCCUGGCUCAAGUGAUCCUCCUGCCUCAGGCUUCCAUGUAGCUGGAACUACAGGCAUGUGCCACUAUGCCUGGGUAAUUUCUUAUAUUUUAUUUUUGGGAUACAGGAUCUUCCUAUGUUGCCCAGGCUGGUCUUUAACUCCUGGGUUUAAGCAGUCCUGCCUCGGCCUCCUAAAGUGCUAGAAUUGUAGGUGUGAGCCACCACACCCAGCUAGUUUUCUUUCUUAUUAUUAAAAUACCAACAGUUUACUUAAUGGAUCUAGAGGAAACUAUAUCAUGGUGAUAAUUUUAAUCUACCUUGUCCUCAGCCCCCAAUUCUAGUCCUGUGAUUAAUGUUAACACAUUAAUGUACUUUUUCUACUCAAUAUUAAUAUUUUUCCAUUUAUGAGCUUUAUUUUAUAUAAAGUCAUUUAUAUUUGAUUUAUUUUAAACAUAUGAUCCUGAUUACAGUUGAGAUUUUUUUUCUUCCAGUUAAUGUUAAGUAUAAAGGUACAUUUUUCCUGAAGUUACUUUGGGUGGAUUGUAUUCAGGCCUGGUGUCAAAUGUAGGCUAAUGUCGGGACUUUGAGUGUCUGCCUCCUCUCUGAAAAGUGUCGUGGUUUUCAUGGAUGGAAAGGAAUUAGGAGAAUGUCUAACGCUUUCAACAGUACUUUCUGGAAUUGGCAUGUCUCAGAUGUUUAUCAGGUUCUUAAUACAUUUGACCCUAUGAUAUUCUGUUAACUAGUGCUCUCCAGAUCUAUAGCAACCUCAAAAAAACAAAUUUAUUUGUCUUUAAUUCAGGCAAUAUUCUUAGCAAUAUUUUGUGGUUUAAAGUUAGUUUUUAAUACUUUUCAAAUAGCAUUUUUCAAGAGUCAUUUUCUAUAAGAGAUCUCACGUUCCAUGUAACAUCCUAAAUAUAACUCAGAUACUACAGUUAAUGCCCAUUUGAUUUUACUCCAUUCUUUUACAGUAUGUGUAUGAAUUAGCUUUUUGUUUUUGUUCAUUGGUUUGUUCUUUUUUUAAAAAAUAAUAAAUAGUUCUUUUCUCAAAAAUAAUAGUUUUUGGUUAAAAUUUUAAUUUCAAUGUUUUGGGGACAAUUGGGAAAAUUUGAUAUAAUCUUACUUCCAUGGUGUUCUCAUUAGGAUCAAAAGAGAUUAUAGGCCAUUUGUGAUGGUUCAUGCCUGUAAUCCCAGCACUUUGGGAGGCCGAGGUGGGCAAAUCACCUGAGGCCAGGAGUUUGAAACCAGCCUGGGCAACAUGGUGAAACCCCAUCUCUACUAAAAAAAAAAAUACAAAAAUUAACUGGGCAUGAUGGGGAAGCUGAAGCAUGAGAAUCCCUUGAAGCUGGGAGGUGGAGGUUGCAGUGAGCCGAGAUUGUGCCACUGCACUCCAGUGUGAGUGACAGAGCGAGACUCUGCCUCAAAAAACAGAAAUAGAGAGAGAGAGAUUAUAUAUUAAAGAAGAGCAAGGUCCAUAUUAUGAAAGUGGUCCCAGGAAGUGGACUCAGAUCACGUAACAGUGGCAAAGAUAAUUGGUGCCAUACCCCUGCCUCAGAGCUUACUUGUUUCACAUUUGUAACUCAGAAAAAGUACAAGCCCCUCUCAAAUGGUUGAAGUUUCAAAUAUUAGAGCCACCCUUGGCAUAGACAGAUUUUAGUAUAAUACUCCUAAAACUACACUUUUUUUUUUCUGUCAUAAGUGUUCAUUGUGCUCAGUCAUUUAUUGCAGUGACCCAAACAGAGCCCAGUCCAGCUGUUUGUAUUGCCCUGCAGUGGAAAGUGGACUAGGGCCAUGUGACUAAGAAAGCCAGACUGUGGGCUGUCUUUUCACCUACAGAUGUUUUAAUGUGCUUAACAUUAUCCAAUACUAGCAACUGAGAUAGUCUAAAUACUGCAGCAGGAUCUGAUUAGCUUUUUCAGAUCACUGCCUUUAUUUGCUGUUUGCAAAAAACCUUAAUCCAGUGCUAGAGAUCAGGCUUCCUGCUGAGCCCUGGGGUAGUUUCUCUCAUUCUUUGUGUUCACAGUGGCAGGCAUUAGUGAGCAGAAUCCUCCUCCUCCUAAAUUAAAGCUAUAAAGUAGUAACUAUAGUAGCGAGGGAUAAAGAGAAGGAAGAAAACCCCAGAGAAAAGAGAAGACUGUCUAUUCAUACUAAGUAGUUUCCUUGAUAUAUACAAAAGAAAGAGUUUCUAAUAUGAAUUCAUAAAUACUGACCUCACUGUCUCUUCUAAUCAGUGCACAACUAUUAAGUUUUAUUUGGUUUCAGUUGUAACUACUUUGUAUGGAUGUAUGUUGCGUUUUUCAUAAGUAUCCUACUCAAUCCCAGUUUUACCAGAAGAAUUACAUUUUUUACCAUAACAGUGGCCUUGAUUUCUCUUUUUCCUUUCAGGGCUGAUACCUUUUUUACUCAUGAGAUUUCAAGAACUAUCACCACCACCAAAAAAAAAAAUAAAAUAAAAUCUAACUUUCCUCAUUUUGGGACAUCCAUAUGCUUACCCAAGAUGUGACAUUUGAAUUCUGUGUAAUUCACACUGUAAUUUGCAAUAAGCUUUAAUGCUAGAGAUGCUUUAUCUUGAUCCUUGAUGUGUUUAUGAAAUUCGACUAUCGCCUUAAGUAUUUCAGUAAGAUUGCCAUAACCCUUGGUGGAAGAAAUAAUAGUCUACUUUAGAAAUUAGUUUGUAAUUCAGAACCUAAUAAUUAUAUUUAGUUCAAAAAUAUUUUCACUGAUUUUUAAAUUUUCUACCAUUUUUGGAAUGGCAUACAUCAAUAAAACAUGGGAACUCUCUUGAGGAAAUAUCUGUAAACAAAUGAUGAACUGUAAUGUGGUACUUUAUCUUUUAGUUUUCUUCCUGGAAACAACAAUAAUUUUACAUUUUUAGUAGGCAGAAGGAGUGUUUUCAGUGCGAUAACUGAAAAAUCUUAGCCAUGUAGUUCUUCUAAUUUUGUAAAUAGAGACGAUCUCAUUUGCAUUUGAGUAGGCACAAUAAGGACAAGGCCAGGAGUCCCAAACCAGUGUUACUUUUUUUCAACUAUUCACAAAUGAUCCUAAUUAUGUGUAGCUUCUGUAUUUGUGUAUAAAAGGAGAUUGAUUUUGAUUGUUUUGGGUACAUUUUAUAUCUUUAGAAUUCAUGAUCAUAUAAUGAUAAAAAUCUAGGCUCUGCAUAAAUCAGCCUAUAGCAGAACAUUGUAUGUUAAGAGCAGCUCUUGGCCUUCACAGUUUUAAUUUGCGCUGGAAUGAAGAGGGAACGUGCAGAAGCUUGUGUUCUACAUCAUAUAAGUAAAUAGUAGAACAGCUAUAGAUUUCCUUUUUCUUUAGUAGGGAAAUAUCUUUACAAUGCCUUAUAGUGUUUACAUUUUGAUUGAUUUUUUUUUUGUUUAUAAUCAGAGGCCACUCAAGGUAUAACUUAUGCAGCCCACAAAAGCAAGUAGUUCACAGGAUUAUAAAUGCUGCAGUCUGAGACUUCGAAUAAAUCAGGGAUAAGAAGUUUACUCACCACCAGGGCUUAUUUUUAUAUACUUUAGACACUACAAAAAAAAAUCACAGUAUUUAUAAUGUUAACUUGUUCCUGAGCUGAAAUUUGAGUAUUAAUAUCUUACAAACUUUAUGAAAUACAAAUACUUUAAGCAGUUAUAAUAUGUUGUAUGUUAAAAACAUAAUGAAAGACUUCGCUUCUUUUUAAUUACAUGGUUAACUAGUAUCCAUAGUAAAAAAAUUUUACACUGACACUUGACAUACAUAGGAUAGGUUAUUCUGAUGAUUUUAGGUUGAAGUUAAAUACUUCUGUCUAAAUCUCCAGUUUAGGUGACUCAUUUGGCACAAAGUUAGACAGAACUUGUAUUUCAUCUUACUAUGCAACACUUUCAGUGAAUUUUUAAAAAUCAGUUCUAUUUGUAAUCUCUUAAGUGUUUUCCUUUUGCAAUCGUAUUUUCAUCAUCUGUUCUUUUUGUUUUUUGUGUGUUGCAAUAAAUUAACAAAUACUUGAAAAUACAGGUUUGUCACUAUUUCCAGGGAAAUAGUUUUACUAUAAACUUCUAUCUCAUUUCACCAUUUAUUAAAGACAGGGAAUACUGCAAUAGUUAAUUGCUAUGUUGACACACUUCAUUUUCUUUCUUUAAUAAAAACGAAAAGCUAAUAGACUACGGUAUAGCCUCAACUUUUUGAAAACAUGAAAUUUUUACUACUUUAAAAUAUAAUUGGUUUCUUUGUUUCAUGCAUUAAAAAGCAAGGAGGAAAAGCUGAAGUCUGCCCAAGCCAGGUGUUUCUUGUUGGCAGCCUGCUCCCUAAUGACUCUGCUCUCAUAGAGCAGCUGCCUACUAGUCAGCUUUGUAUGGUCUAUUGUUGCUGCACACCCCUUGUUAAUACACAUGCUGCCCCGGGCAGACCCUGCGAAUGACAUCAACUUGCUUAUCUUAGAAACCUACGAACCUGACGCAGGGCGCUGAGGUUGUCUUGCAUCUGCCCGGACAACUAAUUGUGAGCUUUCUGGCCUAUGAUUGGCUGUUAUUCCACUCGGUAAUAGGUUAAGCAAAGACAUUGCCAUUCCAUCUGUUCAACCAUUCAUUGUUCUUCUUGCCUGCCUGGGAGUCUGCAGCUAAAAUUGUGUUAAGGAGUUUACUGCUGAAGCUGCUACAGAAACCAAUGUCUUUGUAUUUUCCUGCUAACGAAUACGGGGUGCUCUGCAUUCAGGAAUACAGAAAAAACAGCAAAGUGGAGUCAAGUACACGUAACAGCUUCAUGGGCUUGAAGGAUCACCUAGUGCAUGACCUCAGCCACCUUUAUGUGGAGAGCACCGACCCACAGUUAAGUGCAGCUGUGCCUUGGUCAGCAGUAGAAAAACCAGCUAUGGAGACUGUUCAUGCAGGGAAGGAUGAAAAACAGGUGUCUGAAGAGAAUGCAAGCUCUGGUGACUCUGAAGAAAACACAAAUUCUGAUCAUGAGUCAGUACAGUUGAGUAGCGUUUCAGUAGAGCCAGGCUUAUUAACUAAGACUCACAGGCAACUCUGCAGGUCUCCCUGUUUAGAGCCUCACAUACUCAAGCGCAAUGAAAUUUUGCAAGACUUUAAACCUGAUGAGUCCCAGGCUACAUCCAAGGAAGCGAAGAAACCGCCCGAUGUGGUGCGAGAAUACCAAACAAAACUGGAGUUUGCACUUAAGUUAGGUUACUCUGAAGAACAGGUUCAGCUUGUGCUAAACAAACUUGGUACUGAUGCUUUAAUCAAUGAUAUUUUGGGAGAACUUGUCAAACUUGGAAAUAAAAGUGAGGCUGAUCAAACAGUUAGUACGAUUAACACUGUAACACGGGAAACUUCUUCCCUGGAAUCUCAGAGGUCUGAAUCCCCAAUGCAAGAGAUUGUAACAGAUGAUGGUGAAAAUCUGAGACCAGUAGUUAUUGAUGGCAGCAAUGUGGCAAUGAGCCAUGGAAACAAAGAAGUAUUUUCCUGCAGAGGAAUAAAAUUGGCAGUGGAUUGGUUUUUGGAAAGAGGCCACAAAGAUAUUACAGUUUUUGUUCCUGCUUGGAGGAAAGAGCAGUCCCGACCUGAUGCUCUCAUUACAGAUCAGGAAAUUUUACGUAAAUUAGAGAAGGAGAAAAUCCUGGUGUUCACACCAUCCCGGCGAGUCCAGGGGAGGCGCGUGGUGUGCUACGACGACAGGUUCAUCGUGAAGCUGGCUUUUGAGUCGGAUGGAAUCAUUGUGUCCAAUGAUAACUACAGGGAUUUGGCCAAUGAGAAACCAGAAUGGAAGAAGUUCAUAGAUGAACGAUUAUUAAUGUAUUCAUUUGUCAAUGACAAGUUCAUGCCCCCUGAUGACCCUCUUGGCAGACAUGGCCCCAGUCUGGAUAAUUUUCUGAGGAAGAAACCUGUCGUUCCUGAACACAAAAAGCAGCCUUGUCCAUAUGGAAAGAAGUGUACCUAUGGACACAAGUGCAAAUAUUACCAUCCCGAAAGGGGCAGUCAGCCGCAGCGGUCAGUGGCUGAUGAACUCCGUGCCAUGUCCAGAAAUACGGCAGCCAAAACUGCAAAUGAAGGGGGACUGGUGAAAAGCAACAGUGUUCCUUGCAGCACCAAGGCUGAUAGCACUUCUGAUGUCAAACGAGGUGCUCCAAAGAGGCAAUCAGAUCCAAGCAUAAGGACUCAAGUCUACCAAGACCUAGAAGAAAAGCUUCCCACCAAAAACAAAUUGGAAACAAGGUCCGUACCUUCCUUAGUUAGCAUCCCAGCUACUUCUACUGCAAAACCCCAAAGCACUACAUCUUUAAGCAAUGGCCUUCCAUCUGGAGUUCAUUUCCCACCUCAGGAUCAAAGACCACAGGGACAGUAUCCUCCAAUGAUAAUGGCAACCAAAAAUCAUGGAACGCCAAUGCCUUAUGAACAGUAUCCAAAAUGUGACUCGCCUGUCGACAUUGGAUAUUACUCCAUGCUGAAUGCAUACUCAAAUCUGAGUCUCUCAGGCCCACGAAGCCCUGAAAGGCGUUUCUCCUUAGACACAGAUUAUAGAAUAAGUUCCGUAGCUUCUGAUUGCAGCAGUGAAGGGAGCAUGAGCUGUGGGAGCAGUGACUCCUACGUGGGGUACAAUGACCGGUCCUAUGUCAGCUCCCCCGACCCACAGCUAGACGAGAAUCUGAAGUGUCAUCACAUGCACCCUCACAGCCGCCUUAAUUCUCAGCCCUUCCUGCAGAAUUUCCACGACCCCUUAACCAGAGUGCAAAGUUACAGUCACGAAGAACCAAAGUUCCAUCACAAGCCUCCUCUUCCGCACUUGGCUCUGCACCUGCAGCACCCCGCUGUGGGCGCCCGGUCCAGCUGUCCUGGCGACUACCCCUCUCCUCCAAGUUCAGCACACUCUAAGGCACCACACCUAGGGAGGUCCUUGGUGGCCACGAGAAUAGACAGCAUCUCUGACUCUCGACUUUAUGACAGUUCUCCUUCAAGACAAAGAAAGCCUUAUUCCCGCCAGGAAGGCCUGGGAAGCUGGGAGAGGCCAGGUUAUGGGAUCGACGCCUAUGGGUACCGGCAGACUUACUCCUUGCCGGAUAACUCUACGCAGCCGUGUUAUGAGCAGUUCACCUUCCAGAGCCUCCCUGAGCAGCAGGAUCCGGCCUGGCGGAUCCCGUACUGUGGAAUGCCACAAGAUCCCCCCAGGUAUCAAGACAACCGAGAAAAGAUUUAUAUCAAUUUGUGCAACAUCUUCCCACCCGACCUUGUGAGAAUUGUCAUGAAAAGGAAUCCCCACAUGACAGACGCCCAGCAGCUCGCUGCAGCCAUUUUAGUGGAGAAAUCCCAGCUGGGUUAUUGAAAGAUGAUGCAUCUUUGUGGUGUUUAGUAGUUUUUUGUUCAGCUCAAAUGCUGAGGGAGGUUUGCUACAAUAGCACAUGUGAUCUCCUUCUCGGCAAGGAGGUUAUAUAGUAUCCAUUUAUGUGAAAUACUGUAUCAUGGAAUCUGUAUGUAUAGCCCCACAUGGUGGAAGUAUCACGGGAUUGCUUUACAUUUAAAUUUUUUUUAACAUUUCCUUUUUAAAGCUAUAUCCUUGGCUGGAAAUUUUUCCAGUUUGAUUUAAUAGAUGUAUCUGUGAUCUUUGAUAUUAAUCUUUGGUGCAUCAGGGGUUUAUAUGCAGCACUUUUUAUCCUUGUUUUGUGUUUUAUUAACUUGGUAUUUGCCUAUCAAUUGCAAGCAAUUACAAUACCUUCAGAAUGUGGGACAUUUGACGAGACCUAGCAAACUAUUUUUUCAAGCCAAGCUUAAUUAGACUCUUUUACAGCUUUUUAAGUUAUUUUUAUUUGGGGAAAGUGGGCUUCUUUGUGCUAUAAUCAUUAUUUAUAGAAACAAAGAUAUACUACAGCACUGACUUUAUAUUUUAAGCAAAAUGUAAGUUACCAGUUUUCUGUUGAAAUGGGUAACAGUAUAUAUAUUAGAAUGAUUUACAAUACGGCACUUUUCAUUGUGUUAUUUUUGUUUGGAUUUUUUUGUUAAGAAAUUAGUUAAUUUAAUAUGGUCGAUUUAAAAGAAAGCAGAUGCAAUCAAUGGAAAAAAUGUUUCCUUUUUUUUUUUUUAAUGAAAAAGGCAAAAGCCGUAACUGUUACAGGUUCGAGCUUCGUUAUCCAGCUAUGACGUGCUUCUAGACAGUAGAAAUGGAAUUGAUUUCCUAGAUUUCCAUUAACUUAUAUUUUUAAUAUGUCUGUCUUUUUUGUUUUGGGGCACAACAAUACUGGAUAAAAUAACCCUUUCACAGCACUUGCCUGUUUUUAAUGAAUCUAAUUAUUUACAAUGCAACUUUUAUACUUAGCCUCCUCUUUAGCUUUCCUGCUGUUUAUCAAGGCUGGCCUGAGCUGGUUUUAUGUGUUGAGGAUAUGCAAUGUUUCUUGAUACUGCACUAUAGAAAUGGUAAUGGAGGAGUUGUAAAUGGUAACUUAAAAUUUUUGUAAGAUAUUGUAUAUUUUCCAUUUUCCUGAAGGUAGUUUUCUUGGGGGGCCUGUUAUAUUAUUAAGGCCAGAUUCUUGCCACAUAUAGUGUAGUUUUAGAUACAGACUAAAGUCUGUUCUAGUAUUAGUAAGGGAUAUUUCUGGUUUCAGAGGCAUGAGUUUUGCUAGCGGUGAAUGCAUUUCUGCGGAUUAGAAGAUAGAUUUUGCCGUCAGUAGCAGACAGUUGUGUGAUUGAUAUCACUUGACUGUUGCCUCCAUAUUUUGAAUUGUACUUGGUGUAAGAGACGAGUUCAGAUCCUUCUCUGUAGUCUGCCUAGAUGCUCUAGUUACUGUGAUUAUUCUACAUGCUACGUUUGUAGUAAAGCCCUGAAAAGCCAGAAAGUACCUUUUACUGUUGAUACAAAUUGUAUCUUUUUAACUAUAAGAACUAUUUUGAUUUGUAGAUCUAGUUAAAACACAAGUAUGUAACUAUGAUUAGACUUUUGGGCAACAUUUUAUCCCUUAUUUAAAUACAAAUUUUUAAAGUAAAAAUUGAGGUCUAGAAUAGGUUAGAAAAUAAAAAUAACAAUUUAGAUAAAUAAAAGUGUCUGUCUUAGUUUUAUAUAUUAAAACACAUUAAAUAAAUUUAUUGGCAUUUUCUUUCUCCUAAAACUUACCUAGUGUGAGCUUAAAAUAAAGGUAAAAUGCUGCCUGAAAAUAACGUCUGAGCACCUUGACUAGGACAACAUUUUCACUACUUGUGCAACACUGUGUGUUGCAGGAAGUAGGAUUUCGGUAUACAGUAAAUGCUUCUAAAAGGCAUUGUGCAUAUUGACAUAUCCAAUAAUCUGAACCGUGUUCAGCAAACUUAAUUCAGGAAAGUGGUAUUCUACACAAUUAUUGCUGUUGUGUUUGAAAGGAGUGGCACUCAUCUGUACCCAGAAAUAACGUGGGUGAGGCCACACAACUCAUUCUGGGUGGUGUCUGUCCGAGAGCAACCCUACUCACAUGUGACAUUGUUCUCCUUGAUUUGGUUAGUCACUGUAAGGCAAGUUUAAAUGUAGAGGCUAGCCGGGCGCGGUGGCUCACGCCUGUAAUCCCAGCACUUUGGGAGGCCGAGGCGGGUGGAUCAUGAGGUCAAGAGAUCGAGACCAUCCUGGUCAACAUGGUGAAACCCUGUCUCUACUAAAAAUACAAAAAAAAAUUAGCUGGGCAUGGUGGCGCGUGCCUGUAAUCCCAGCUACUCAGGAGGCUGAGGCAGGAGAAUUGCCUGAACCCAGGAGGCGGAGGUUGCGGUGAGCCGAGAUCACACCAUUGCACUCCAGCCUGGGUAACAAGAGCGAAACUCCGUCUCAAAAAUAAAUAAAUAAAUAAAUAAAAUGUAGAGGCUAACUCAGUGCCAAAAAUAGGGUCAUAAAUGUGUGAUAUAUUUUAUUUUAGUCAUAUGCUAAGACUUUUUUAGUAUGAAAUCACUUUUAAAUUAUACAUUUAAGUUUUGCUUCCAUUUUCUACCUUUUAGCGUUUUCAUUAUUUGAAAAUCUGCCAGAUUUCACUACAUGUAUUUCAGUGAGAUCUUAGGUGAGCUGUGUGUGACACUUUGAUUUUUACCUUCUUGUGUUAUUAGUUGACUAUUUGUCAUUGCCUCAUGGAUUUUAAACUGUGGGAAAAUAGUGUAGCCAGCUGUCACCUCUACUGAAGUGAAUAGCUCUGAACUACCCACACUAAAUCCUUCAGUGUAAUUAGCUAUGAGUUUAAAAAUAGCAGUUUUCUUAUGUGAAGAGGACAAUUUGUCCCCUUUUUGUGAAGCACCAAUGUUGCUUUCAGAGCGGUAGAAUGAGAUAAUUGGCAGACCUUAAGUACAGCAAAUUCUUACUUAUCUAAAGCAAUAAGGAAAAGGAGUUCACCAUUGAAUUCAAUCCAUUGCUGAUCCGAAGGCUUCAUUUUAGCCAAAACUUUCUCUCUAACCAAAUCUUUUACCAGACUUGCUAAUAAAUAACCAGAGAGGUGUGUUAAUAAGUGAAAUUGCCAGACAUGGUCAACUGGUGAGAAAAAAAGGAUUCAGAUUAGAGUAUUUUGCCCCUGAAUAAUUGACAGUUGACUGUACUUUUACACAGUAAUUAACCAGUCUGUUGUCUCUGUGUCUUAGUCCUGAGGGAAUAGUACCCAACUGGCCAAAUACUGGCCCUUAGUAUUUCCUCCUUUCUUGCAUGUGAUACAGACGUUUUCAGUCUUGUUUUUAUGAUCGCUCUACAUAUCCUGAUAAGAGUUUGUCAUUGACCUACACAUUUGGAAGAAAUGCCCACCAGGAUAAGAUAUUUGACACUGGUGGAAACUUGAACUUCAUGUUUUUAUGAAAGUUCAUUUAUGAGAAUAUGUAAUAUAACUGAAGAGUAUUUUAUAUAUAUCUAUAUACACAAAUAUGUAUUUGUUAUGUGGUAUUAAAAACAGGGGUUGGGAGGAGUGCUUCUGAUGACUAACUUUUCUCUAAUUAAACUACGUUUCUUUGAGUUGUGGACGACCAAGUCUGGGGUCUGGAUGGCCAAUUAUAAGAUUUAGAACCACUUGGAUGGAAAGCAAUUCUUCACUGGUUUUAUUCUUGGUAUUUUAAAAGAAUUAUUUUGAUAAUUAUAAUAGAAUGUGUACUUUUGAAAUACACAAAAAAUUUAAAGUAGUAUUGAUUAUACAAAUAAUUAUUUAACAUGUCUUUUAUGGAUGUAUCUAUAUGUAUAUGUAUAUAGACAGUAAUAUAUUUAUAAAAGCAAAUAUACUUUGCUUAUGUUAUAGCUGUUAGUUUGUGGUAGGUGGGAGGAUGGCUCUGGGUGUGUGUGUGCGUGCGCACGCGUGUGUGUGUGUGUUUUGAAAACUCUCAAGCUGGUUUCCCUCUGAUUUACAAUGGUAUUUACUUAGUAUAUUUGGGUUUCAUUAUUCUUUUCUCUAUCCAACUUCCUCAUUCAAGAUAAAUUAAGAUAUACCAUUUUCUGGCCAUUCUGUUGGUAUAUGGUGCAUCCGUUUUCUGAUCGUCUAACUCCUGGAGAAUUUCCAAGUGACCUAAAAUCAAACAGGUUCUGGCUGGACAUAUGCUUAUGUUCAAAUAUAUUAAAGAUGGGAAUUCAGCUAACAUGUUAAGCUUCCAAGGUAUAUACACCAACACAUAAAAUGAGGUAUUAAAAAGAGACGGAUUAGACACAUGCAUUAGAAUAAGAGAAAACAGUGGUAAUGAAAGAAACAUAUACCGUCUUAGCCCCCUAGGGAAGGGGUGACUUUUUCUGAAAAGGAUCAGAUAGUAAAUAAUUCAGGAAUCAUAUGGUCUUAAAAUACCAUCUUAAAAACUACUCACCUCUGCCUUUAUAGCGUAAGAACAGCCACAGAUAAUAUGUAAAUGAGUGAGUGUGGCUGUGUUCCAAUAAAACUUUAUUUACAGAAACAGGAAGCAGAGCAGAUUUGGCCUUUGGGCCAUAGUUGGCUGAUCCCAAGCAGCAAAUCCUAGUAUAUGUUAAUAGAAGAAGUCAUAAUUGCAUUUCAGUUGACAUUAAAAGAAAAUCUGGGCCGGGCGCGGUGGCUCACGCCUAUAAUCCCAGUACUUUGGGAGGCCGAGGAGGGUGGAUCACGAGGUCAAAAGAUCGAGACCAUCCUGGUCAACAAGGUGAAACCCCAUCUCUACUAAAAAUACAAAAAUUAGCUGGGCAUGGUGGUGCACGCCUGUAGUCCCAGCUACUUGGGAGGCUGAGGCAGGAGAAUUGCUUGAACCCAGGAGGCAGAGGUUGCGGUGAGCCGAGAUCGUGCCAUUGCACUCCAGUCUGGGUAACAAGAGGGACUCCGUCUCAAAAAAAAAAAAAAAAAAAGAAAAGAAAAGAAAAUCUGAUGUCCUUCAAAAGAGAAUUGUGAGACACUCAAAGCAUCUUAAUUCGAGUGUUAUUACCUGUUUACACCCAUUAUUUAAGCUAUUUCUUGUUUAACUGCCGAAAAAAAAAGCAUGCUGUUAAAAUGUUUUAAUUUGUAUUGAAUUUUUUCAUAAACCUUUCCUUUCUGUUGAUAAAUAGGAAUCCCUUACCAACCUCUGUUUUUUAAUAGUCUCAUGGACCAAAAAAAUCUGUUGCAGCAUUUAAUUAGCCACAAAUACAUUUUGGCUGCAUUUACCAGUUACAUUUUUCUGUUGGUUUUGGCUUGUAAUAAAUGACAUAUCUGCCAUUCUUUAAAAAUGGUUUUAAAGCAGAUAAAUAUAUUGUAAUUUCACAUGCUAUAGCUUUAUUCUGUAUGAUUAAAAAUCGUGACUAGCAUAAUUGUAGCUAUGAUGUGAGUGGCAUGUUUCAAUGUAACUCUUUAUAAGAAAUAAAAUGUAUCUCUGCUUUGUGUAUCCAGAUCUUUAAUGUAGGUUUUUCACAUGCCUUGGACUGUCCUUGGUGAAUGAUACUCUUCGUAUGAUCGUGUGUAAUUUGAAUUCAUUGGAAGUACACGCUGCUGAGCAUGUUCAUUCCCAGUGCUUUACACCUGGUGUUGCAUGAGCAACAUCCUUUCAAUCUGCCCAUCAUUGUCCACUGCAAUCGCUGAACUUUCUUUUAAAAUUUUAACAGUGUUCAUUGUUUAAGUGGUGGCUUUGUUUUUCCUUAGUAGUUUCUGUUAACUUGCUUGUCACUCCUGUUACAGUGUUACUAUUAUGGAUUAGAAGUGGCUUUUCCUCUAAGAUCCUUAGUCUUUUAGAUUUAAAGACAAUUUAAGGUUUUUGGCAUUUGGCAGUAGAAAAUGUGCAAUGUUUUAACUUCGUUUUUUAAAAUCCGUAACGUUUUACUUCUUGAACCACGUACCAGAUUUGCCAGUUUUCUGUCCAAGUAUUUCAGAUGAAUAACAAGAUGUCCGUUGAUGCUUUCGUUAUCUUUCUUAAAGCAGCUUAUGUUCCAAGGGAAGAAGGCAUUGAAAAGCAGUGGUUUGUUUUUAUGAAGAAUAUGUUUUUGAAUUUCUUCAGUUUUUUUGAAAUUAUACAUUUCUUACCUUAUGUGAAAUACUCACAAACACGCAAACUUCUGCAGGGACAAAGCAUUUCAUUGCAAGCGUACCAGGUCAUUGAUUUUAUCUUUUGCUUUUAGGGUUUUUUCUCCCCAACUAGUAGAAUUUUUGAUUUGAUCCUGUGAUCUUUUCUUAUAGGAAAAGUAAGGCAAAGGAUGUCCAGUGUAACCACCUGAUAAACAGAUGUGAUUGUAUUUAUCCACUGUUCUGUGUAUUUCUGUAAUGGACCCUUUACGAUUCCCAAAGCAGUAUUUUGGACCUACUGGAAAUCUGUAUCAAAACAGCUAUGUGAUUCUGCCACUGAGAAAAAAAUUUAAAAAUUAUUUUUUCUUAUGGUGGUUUGUUUUUCUUUCAUGAAGAAAUUCAUCUCAUAGGCAGCAUAGAUGCUAAAUCAAAGCAUCAUACUUCUCUAGUUUGCCUGCAUUCAACAUUAUGUAAGAUAAAUGCGUGGUCAGUAUCAGUGUAAUGUUAGAGCCAUAAUUAAUUCCUAUGAAAACUGAAAUUAAAUGUCAAAGACAACUAGACAUCA